UGCAUCCCAGUGCGUGCAUCGUUGCAGUGUGCAGUUUGCGGGAGGACAAUGCACUUGCUUGCGACACGUGUGUUUUAGUGCAAUUUCUACUCGUUUAAGUGCUCGUAAGGGAAACUUUCAUUUGUAAAAGGUGAAGCCAUGUGGGCCUGUGACCCAGCUUUGACAGCCGAGAUUGUGAGCAGCUACUAUGUAGCCGGGCCUGCGUUUACCAGCGUUCUUCAGGCGCUUUUAGCAGCACAUUGUGCGCUGGUCGGCGAUCAUCUGUGGCCUGCUGAUGCCACUCAGGCAGUCCUUGACGAUCCUAAUUAUGACUUCAUCGUUGUCGGUUCUGGUUCAGCUGGGUCUGUCGUCGCCAACCGCUUGAGUGAAGUACCAGACUGGAAGGUACUGUUAGUGGAAGCUGGGGACAAUCCAUCCUUGACCACAGAGAUGCCUCAACUGUUCUACGCUAAUAUGAACACCACAAAGGACUGGAAAUAUAAAAGCCAACCUCAAGAUACAGCUUGUCGUAGUUAUAAGCACAAAUCGUGCGCCUGGCCAAGGGGAAAAACUCUUGGGGGAACCAGCAGCAUCAAUGGCAUGUUCUAUAUAAGAGGCAAUAAGCACGACUAUGAUGAAUGGGCCGAACAAGGCAAUCGUGGUUGGAGUUAUGAAGAAGUCUUGCCUUAUUUUAAGAAAAGCGAAAACUACAACGGUGUACUGACGGAUGACUUAAAAAAAUACCAUGCUUCCGGAGGCUAUUUAAAUGUUGAAAAUCUUAAAGCAGAUCCUUUGGAAGACGUGAUGAUAAAGGCUGCUAAUGAAUUAGGUUUAAAAACUGUCGAUAUCAACGGAGAGUCCCAAAUUGGUGUAAUGUUGUCAUUUACCACUACACAAAAUGGGGUACGACAUAGUACUGCAAGAGCGUUUCUAAGUCCAAUUAAGGAUCGAAAAAAUUUACAUGUUAUUAAAAACGCAUAUGUAACAAAAAUUCUGUUUGAACCAAACACACAAAAUGUAAAAGGCAUUGUUAUAAAUAAAGAAGGAAAUGAUAUUAUUGUCAAUGCAAAAAAAGAGGUCAUAGUAUCAGCAGGAGCUAUUAAUACACCGCAGUUAUUAUUACUCUCAGGCAUUGGCCCUAGAAAACAUUUAGAAGAUUUAGAUAUUCCAGUCAUAGCAGACUUGCCUGUAGGAGAGAAUUUACAGGAUCAUGUUUUUGUUCCUAUUUAUUACACUAAAGAAGGGGAUAAGAAUACCAUGUCAUUGCCUAAUGUAAUCAGUGCAUUUGCUCAAUUCAUGUUGGAAAAUCGUGGGCCGUUUUCAGAUACUAGUCCACAUAGAACAGUAACUUUUAUAAAUACAAUAAAUUCAAAAUCAGAUGUUCCCGACGUGGAACAUCACUACGUUAUUUUCCCACCCAAUAUACAAAAAUUGUUAGACAUUUACCAAAAGCAUGAUCUGUCUGAUGAAGUGCUUGGAAAGUUCCAUAAAAUAUCUGAGAAUAAUUUUGUAUUAUUGUUGUACACUGUGCUUUUGAAACCAAAAUCCAAAGGUCGAAUUCUUCUCCAAAGCAAAGAUCCAAAUGUCUAUCCAUUGAUUUAUGCUAACUUUUUUGAAGACCCCGAUGAUUUGGAAACAAUUAUAAACGCAAUGAAACAACAUGGUCUCAAAUUGGGUGAAACGAAAUCAUUCAAAGAAGCUGGUUUUAAAUUGGAAUGGCUAGAUAUAGAACCAUGUAAGAAAUAUGACAAAAUUUCAGAUGAAUUUCUGAAAUGCAUUUCAAGAGAAUUAUCAUUUUCGCUAUAUCAUCCAACAAGUACAGCCAAAAUGGGUCCAAUUGAUGACGAAACAGCGGUGGUAGAUCCUGAACUGAAAGUCCGAAAGGUUCGUGGCUUGAGGGUCAUAGAUGCAAGUGUGAUGCCUUCCAUUGUAAGAGGAAACACUAAUGCUCCUGUUAUAAUGAUUGCAGAGAAAGGCGCUGAUAUGAUCAAAAAGGUUUGGUUACAUACACACAAUGAACUGUAAGAUGACGAUAGUAUUAAACAUACCCAUAUAUUUAAGAUUUAAAUAAGUAAAUAUUUUGCAAAAGGUUAGAUAUUUGAGUAUUAUACAUCCGCAUGAAGGCAAAGUCAAAAUAGGUAUAUUGUCAAAGAAAUGUAAUUUUAAUUUUUUGUUACACUUCCUUAUUUUUAGUCAAUUUAUUAUGGCAAAUACAAAACGUGUUUUGUGUCUCGUCGCUGAAAUGACAACACAGUCAUAACAGUUCAUUUAUUUACCGUGUAUGAUGCAUUAAAUAAAGAAAAGGAAAAGCUAAACGAAAAAGGUUAACGGCACAUCAUAAUCAUAAAUGAAAAUUUGAUAAUGUUAGUGAAUAGAAGAGGUAAAUGGAAGUAAUUAUACCAAAAAGAAUUUAUGAAUUUGAUUGGUGAUUUGUUUGUUGUUUUAAUAAUUGAAUGUUAUAAUAAUUUAUCUGUUAACAAUAAAAUUACCAUGCUUGUUGAUUACGAAACGAAUGUACAAUGUGUGAGUAAAUUGUAAUAAAAUU